AAGCUCAGAGAGAGCUCAUGUGUCUCUCAUUGACAGUGGCCCAGGGACACAGCCAUGACUCCCAGGGAUGCUCUGUCCUCCUCAAGGCAUCCCUAGCUGUGUGGCAGCUGUGGCACAGAUGUUGGCCACCUUUCAGACACAAGACUUUGUUUUGUUUUUCUGAAAUCAAGGCACAGAGCACUUGAGCUGUGACGAGGUUUUGCCCGAGUUCCUGUUUGCGCCUCCCCCUCUUGAAAACCUCUUUUCUUCGCAACCUCAGAGGAAAGGCAGAGAGAGAGACAGAGGAGGGCUGAAAGAGAAAGAAAGAACACAGACAGAGAGGGAAGGGAGAGAGAUACCGGAGUAUCAGAGGGAGAGGGUGUCUCGGAAGAAAUCCAGGCUUUCAUCUCUCCCCAAGCCCCAGUCCAGAGAGGCCAUGAGCCACCCAGCCAGCCGGCUCUCCAUGCUUUCCCUGCUACUGCUGCUACCCAACGCGAACCUACAAGAAGAAAAGAUGGAAGCCUUCCGUGGGACAGAAGGCGAACACUUCAACAUGCGAUUUGUUUUCAAUUCCAGUAUUGCUCCGUCAUCAAUAAAAGGGGCUGGUCUGUACAAAGAUGGAAAAAAAAUCAAUGAGUAUAUUAAAGGCGGCCAGUCCAUUGGACACCACAGGAUACUAAUCAAGCUGGAAGGCAACAACGUCACAGUCAGGUUUAACAGUCUGCAGCUCAGCGACUCUGGAGUUUAUCACAUCGGCUUGUCUCGCAGCAUCACAACAGAUCCGCUCACGCUCAGCAGCAAAGUCAACCUGACGGUCAGUGAGAGAGGAAAUGGAACAGAGGCUCCACCAACACCGACGCAAGAAGAUAUUCCAAACCAGAUCUCCUACAUCAUCAUAGCUUCAGGGGCCACAGUCCUGAUACUGCUUGUUGUCGUGGGGUAUUGCCUGUACCUGGCCACCCACAAGAACACAGGCCCACCAGCUGCUCUGACCAACCCAACACCCAGGACCAAGAUCCAGGACAGUGAGAUGUCCAGGGGGCUGCCGGUCUAUUCCAUAGAGUAUGGCGUACUGGAGUUCCCUGGCGCGGAGAGACGUGUCGAGGGGGAGGGACAGCCAGUCGUACAGGACAAUGUGGAGUACGCCACCAUCACCUUCCCCCCCUGCCAGAACCCCAGGGCCGGUCGUGGGGCGCAGUCGCAGCUCUGCUGUGGUCGAGUGCGAUAGCAGCGCAAUCACAGAGCAGCAGACUCAGACUGUGCACAUUGCUGUGCAAGUCAUGCACAGCACCAAGCACUGGGAGACUGGACACAGGUGUCUGAGCGGAGCUGAGGGACGACACUUGGCCAGCUGGUCUGAACGUUGACUGCACACUGCGCAGAGCUAAUAGUGCUGUGCCUGAGUGAAGAUGCUGGGACUGCAGCUCUCGCAAAUGCUCAUGACAAGGGCAGGGAAACAUGGCCCUUAUCUCCAUGUCUCUUAAGAGGACUGUGCACAUACUGUACAUGCUGCAUCAAGUUCACUAAACUGCCCUGAAUUUGUACUGUAACAGAUGAAACUACUUUUUGCAUAUGAACACUUCACACUUUUUGAAUGUGUGUGGGAAUCGGGAAUCUGUAAUCAGUAACGUCUCCAAGCAUUGCUACUGUCUGUGGAGGGAGUGAUCAGUGUCUGUGGUGGAUGUGUGUGAAGAUCUCAGGAUGAGCAGCCUGUUUGCACAUCAGCAGGACUCCUAAUCUCCAGUCCUCAAGGGCUGCUGUCCUGCAUGGAUGAUAGGUCUCUUUACUACUCCAGCUCCUUGAGAACAAAGAAAGGCUUCAACAUGUCCAAUUAAGCAAUUAAUGAGUUGGGGGCACAGGUGGAAAGAAAACCAGAAAUCGUCUGGCCCUCCAAGAUUGGAGUUGUGCACCAGCUUGCCAUCUGAGCAGGAGAGUUCAAGUGUUCUAUUAAAGUCUUAAUUGAGCCUAAUUUACCCCACAAUAAGAGGUCUAGCAGAGCUGAUGAAUUUAGGAGAACUACAGAGCGUGUUGGGCUGUUUCCCUUGAGGACCAGACUGGGGUGACCUGGCCAAAAGCAACACUACUGAUCAAAGAUUAACAUCCAACUGGCUUUUAAAAAAAUACCUGGAGCCAUGCAAUCGAUGCUCAGAGCUGUGGAACGUGGACCCUUCUGGUUCACUUCUUUUCACCAGCCUGUAGCACAGGGGUCUUGCGCUCAGUCUCUGGAGGGUCUUUUGAUUUUUAUUCCACGUGAACUCUCUGAUGUUAAUUUAGUUGAAAAGUUGUCAUUCUCUUUACAGGUUCCAAGGUGUGCCCUGGAAUUUUGGAAAAAUAGAAAAUGAAUAAAUGAAAGUUUAUAUUCUAUAUGUUAGUUUUGUGGAGCGUGAUGUUAAAGUGUCAUGUGUUACACAGGUUGUGCAGGCAGGGGAAAAACCAACAAGAAUGUGGAGUCACCAUACAGGACUAAGCGACAAAACUAGCAAGACUGUUUCAUCUGCAGCCUCUACAGUGAUGCACACCAUUGUGUAGAGCAUUAUGUUUGUAAUUUUCUCAUGAUACUACAGUCAUUGCUUUCUUCCCUGUCCCACAGGCCCAGAGUACUUUUCUGCACUGUCAGUGCACACAGCUGCUUGCUGAGAACAUACAAUCACACCGUGUGUUGUUAGAACUCCCUCUGGCAGAGCUCAGUGACUCACUGUGCAGCGUUUUCCUUAAUUUAUUUACAAAUGUUACGCAUAAUAAAGUUUGUGUUUCUAUUCAUUAAA